AUGGAGACCGCCAGCUUUACAGCUCGCCGGCCCGCCGCAUCCAAUCUUCCCAACUUCCAGCUUCCCCCUCCAGAACCCCUUGGAAUGCACCAUCACAAAUAUCAACAACAAUCCAACAACUAUAUUCACGGAACCACAAACAGUUCUUCCCAGCCUGUUCCUGCUAUCGCCAACAAUAUAUUAACGCCUCCAGCCGGCGUUUCGCAUGACGGCUUAAGUCCUCUUGCGUCCAGCGUCAACAGUGGUAGCUCGGGUAGUUCGACCGCCGGUGUACCUCCCUAUCAAUCUUCGGCUUUCUGGCCAAACACUCAGUCCGGAAACAACUUCACAUUUAGUUCUGCGCCACCGAUGAGUGCGCCUUAUGCUCAGCAACAACAACAACAACAAAGUUAUAUGAGUAGACCACUAUAUUCGCCCUCCAUGAGUAGCUAUCCAGGGUCACGAAUUCCCCAUUCUCCCACUUCAUCAGAAGGACUGCCACCACCUACCUUUGAGAGCCUUCCCCCAUUCUCUACCGGAGUCCCAAUGUCUGGUUCAGGUGGUCAACAACAAAAUCUCCCCACUCUUGCACCACAAAAUCCCCAGCAGCAACAUAUGACCAGCCACAAUCUCAUGAACCUUCAUCAAUCCUCCUCUCAAGCACCCCAACAGGGCAACGGGCCAGCUCCCGAUAACUAUGGCGGACGAGCACCUCCAACUCCAAAGUACUACCCCCCUUCAUCCACUCCUCAACAAUCAAAUUUCCCCGCCUAUGCCCAACAAUCACCUACACAACAAUCUCCCAAUACCUCCUCCGCCCCUUCUAACCGGAUUUCUCCCAUCCAAACUCAUCACUCGCAUUCUUCCAUGGGCGCACCUCACCAAGGUUAUCCUUCUCGUCCUUCAUAUCCACAUUACAAUCUCCCCACCUUAGCCGCACCUAUUAUGUCGAAUGUCCACCAACCUGGUAGUCAAAUGGCACUCCUCGGCGGAAUGGGCAAUAUGGGAUAUCCUCAACAAAUGCCAGGGCCAAUGUAUGGCAGUCAUCAUCCUCAACAGAUGCCUCAAAAUGACCGUCCAUUUAAAUGCGAUCAGUGUCCGCAAUCUUUCAACCGCAACCACGAUUUGAAACGUCAUAAGCGUAUUCAUUUAUCUGUGAAGCCAUUCCCAUGCGGUCAUUGUGAAAAGAGUUUCUCGAGAAAAGAUGCAUUAAAGGCUGCAAAUGGAGCCGCGAAUGCCGAUGGAGGCUCUCAAUCGCCUGUCGAUAAAUCUGAAAUCUUAAGUGAUUCUACCAAUGACGAGAGCCCGGAGAUGGUAAAGAAGGAAUUGUCAUAA